AUGACCCCGUCGCCGCCGCUUCCACCUCCGCUCUUAAGCGUCUCGGCGGCUGUGCCUGACGACAUCCAGGCUGUCCCGCACCUCUUCCAGUCCAUCAACUCCUUCCUCCUCCCACGCACCAUCGACGCUGCCGUCUACAGCGACCUGCAUGGAGUCGUCGCCACCUUCGGAGAUGGUCUGCCAGUGACCUCGCGCGCAAUGGAUGGCGCUGCCGCCAGAGGCCGCCUGGACACUGUCAAGAGGCUCUUCGCUACCAGAUCAGAGGGCUGCUCCACUGAAGCCUUCGUCGGAGCUGCGGCAAACGGCCACAUGAAGGUGCUGCAGUGGCUGAGGAAGCACUACCCAGAGCUCUACGACCCCAUGAGAUGCCUAACUGUAGCUGCAGAACAUGGACAGGUAGACGUGGUGAGG